AUGGAAGAAACAGAAUACAAUAUGGAUAUGGAUUCUGAGUCAGAUGAAGAAAUUAUACUUUCUCCUACAAUAAUUGCAAAAAAAAAUGACCUUCCUUGGCCAAGUUUUGAAAAAUAUUUUGAAUACCACAAGGCUGGUAAUAAUACUAAUAUUAUUGUCAAAUGCCUCUUAUGCCUACUAUAUAAAAAGUAUACUGCAGCAUCUAAGUCAUCCACAGCUAAUUUAUGGAAACAUAUCUCUAGAAAGCAUCCUAACCAAUCCGUAAAUAUAAAACAAACCAUAGAUAAUAAAAAAAACAAUUCAGCCACAUCAAGUAAGUUAAAACAAACUAAACUUGACUUUGGUGGAAAAUCAAAUUUUAAAGGUAUCAGCAAAGAUAAAUUUGAUUCACAAAUUAUUAAAUAUAUAAUAAAUGGAAAUCACCCAUAUACAACCUGUGAUGAUGAAGAUUUUGUUGAGCUGAUAAACACCCUGCAACCUAAUAUGAAGAUUAUAUGCAGACAAACCUUAACCUCAAGAAUAUCAAAAUAUUUUGUUCAAAUGAAAGAUAUUCUAAUAGAAAAAUUGUUAGAGCCUAAUUAUGUUUGUACAACAGCUGACUGCUGGACAGCAUUUAAUCGCUCCUAUAUUGGUAUAACAGUGCAUUGGAUUGAUGUGGAGAAAUUGGAAAGGCGUUCAGCUAUUCUAGCCUGCCAAAGACUACAAGGUAGGCAUACAUAUGAUGUGAUCAGCAAAGCCUUAACUGCUGUUUUUAAGGAGUUCCAUAUCCAAAAUAAAAAUAUCUGCACAAUAACGGAUAAUGCUAGCAACUUUUCAAAGGCGUUUAGAGUAUUUAGCUGCCCAUCUAUUAUAAUGGAGGAAGAUUCUGUUUCUGAUAUUGAAUAUAUCUCAAUAGAAGAUAUAAUGUCUUCUUCUGGGCUCUCCAGUUAUGAUAUUAAUGACUUCGACUACCUUCCCAAGCAUCGAAGAUGUUCUUGCCAUACAUUAAACUAAGUGGCAGCACAAGAUGCCAACAAGUUACUUUUAAACAAUGAGGGGUAUAGGAAAGUUUAUAACUUAGCUAUAUCUAAAUGCCAACGUUUGUGGAACCUCCAAAAUAAAUCUGGGCCAUCUGCCGAACUUAUUUUAAAAAAAUUACAUUCUCAACUCCCAUAUCCCGUUAUAACAAGGUGGGGUUCCUUUUAUAAAUCCCUGGCCAAAAUAUUAUCGUUCUUAAAUCAAGUGCCUGUGGAAUUUGAUUCAUUAUGUGAUGAAUUAAAAUUGUGUAGAUUCACAUCAGAUGAUCGUGAUUUUAUAAAAGAAUAUUGUAGUAUUAUGCGACCAGUGUCCAAAGCCAUUGAUAUUCUUGAAGGUGAAAAGUACAUGUAUCUGGGUUAUUAUACCCCAACAAUAACACAAAUAAUUAUAUGUAUGGCAGAUGUGCAGGUAUUAAAAUAUUGUCAACCUCUAAAGGAUACUAUAUUAGCUAGUAUUGAAAAAAGGUUUAAUAAUCUUUAUGAUAAUGACAUCAUCAUUGCUUCAAUUCUUCACCCUUUAUUUAAAACUGAUUGGCCUUGGAUUAGGCAAGAAAGGAAUAAAGCAAAAAAGGAGGAAAUUUUAAAUUUAAUAAAUACCUUAAUACCUCAGAGUGAAUCCCAGACGAAUGAAUCAUGCUCAAAACCAACAUCACUUGAUGUAGUUGGAUUUUUUGACCUAAAGCGCCAAAAUAUUCUGGAUAAUGAACUUAUAGAAAACUUUAUCAAAUCUAAUAACAACACGUUUUCUUUAUAUAACGAUUUUCCAAAGUUAAAAUUACUCUUUAUUAAAUAUAAUGUUGUUCUAACAUCAAGUGCUCCCGUAGAGCGCUUGUUCAGUCUAGGUAAGCUCAUAUUUGGAGAUAAACGAGCACGUCUAGAUAAUAACUUUUGAAAUUAAUUUGUUGUUAAAAGCACAUUUAUUAGAUUCUAAUUUUUAUGAAAAAUUAAUUUUUUUUUUUUCAAUUCAAAUAUAUAUUUUUGUAUUCGAUGUAAAUAUUCAA